UCUGUCUCCUGUGAGCCUGAGAUUGUAUUUGGAGGCUGGAACAGACUUGCGUAAUUCAUUGCGCAAUCUCUUUUUUCCUGUAAAAUCCACAGCUCUCUUCUGUCUGUGUGUGCGUUUGGGUGUAAUAGUGUUUAGUCUCCAGUUUCUACUUCUGUUCGGUGGUUCAGGGGAAUGAAGAUAAAAUGCGUGUAAUAAACCAAAUCUGUGUGCUACUUUUGUGGGUGCAUACGCUGACCUUCGCGCAGAUUCCAUACUGUACACUUCAACAGUUUUUAGACGGGCCCAAGUAUGAUUCAAAUUUUGACACAUCUGGGCUUCAGUCCAGCUACCCUCCUGGAAAACAAAUUUGAGUUGCCUGCAAUGUUGGCUACAGUGGCUUUUUCAAACUGACCUGUGUCGAGGGAAAAUGGGAGUCUAAAGGCACUGUAUGUCAACCAAAAUCAUGCGGUCAUCCCGGCAAUGCCCAGUUUGCAGAUUUUAAUCUGGAAGUAGGAGACGAUUUUGUCUUUGGGUCAAAAGUUGUAUACACCUGCCACAAAGGUUAUCAAAUGGUCAGUCGCACAAACUACCGGCGUUGCAUGAGUGAAGGCUGGGAUGGUGUGAUUCCUGUCUGUGAAGUGUCAUUUACAUUUUUAGAGAGUGUAGGCUGUGGGAGUCCACCACCUCUCACAGAUGGAGACAUCAAGUACACCAUUAAAAGUAAUUACAGCCAUCAAGAAAGGGUUGAAUUCAUGUGUCAAAGUUACUACACCAUGGAGGGUGGACCUCACAGAACCUGCAUCAACGGUGAAUGGACCGGACAGAUGAGAUGCCUCAAACCCUGUAUUGUGAAUGAAGACCUCUAUAGACAACACAACAUUACUAUAACAUCUAGUGACAGUAAAUUUUUCACUCAUGAUGAAAUAAUUGAGUUCAGGUGUGCCAGAGGAGUACCAGUCGGUGCAGUGGCAAUGCGUCAGAGGUGUAAUGGGGGUGUGAUUCUCCUGCCUACCUGCCAGUGAGAGGCAUCUGAAAGUAAUCUACAGAGCAUGCAGACUUAUCCUCCACUUUAACUGUGAACACUAUAAUAAAACAUACUUGAUCUCUGUCUCUGUUCUGCCUCCAAUUAUGUAGCCUACCAUAUUAUGAGUACAACUCAACAUUUUUUUGUUUGAAGAUUCUUUUUUGGGCUUCUGGGCCUUUUUUGAUAGGACAGAUGA